AUGGCGGCGAAAGGAAAAGCGAAAGGGAAAGGGAAAGCGCCGAGCGCCGCCGACGCCGACGCCGACGCGACCGACCGACCGACCGCGACCGAGCCGACCGCCGCGAAGGAGACGGAUCUGGAGGACGAGACUCCCCCCCCAAUCAAGCGCACCGCUCUGGAGGACGCGGACGCGAUCGUCGCCGACGCCGCGCUGACCGACGCGCAGAAGCUCGACGCCAUGCGCGCGCUGCUCCUCGACCGCGACGCCGCGCACGACGCGAGGGCGAAGAAGCUGCGGACGAGAGAAUCGCGCGCGCUCGCGGCCGCGGGCGUCGUCGCGGUCGAGCGCGACGCCGCGCGAGACGAGCUCGGAAAGGCGCUUCACCUCAAGGACAAGCUCGAAGCGCUGUGCCGCGAGCUGCAAAAGACCAACAAGGCGGUCGUCGACGGCGCGAAGAUCGCCGCGGAAGAGGAGUCGAAGCGCCGCGAGGAGCUCAGCGCGAAGUUCGAGGGCGGGCUGACGGACAUCAGGUGCGUUCAUAGCACACUGGUCCCCAUACGACCCCGUCGGCGUGAUGAACGCCAUUCCUUAAGGACUUUUGCCGGCGUGUCUCUCCGCCCAGGGUCCCUCGCUUUCAAUCCCCGCCUACGAUACCUUUCAACUCACCCUGACGCCUUUCAACUCCACCCCGACGUCGCUUUGUAUGAAAUGGCCCUCAGCGCGAAGCUCGAGGCGCACGGCGCCGAGCGCGACGCGCAGACGAAAGAGAACGCGACGCUGCGCGGGCAUCUGGAGAGUCUGAUGCAACGCGCCGAGGCGCAGCAGGCGCGUCCUGGUUCACACUGGUUUCCAUACGACCGCGUUCGCGUGGUGAAGGCCGUUUCUUUAGGACCUUUGCCGUCGUUUCUCUCCGCCCACCCCGCGCUGCUUUCAAUCCCGACACGCCGCGACGCCUUUCGACUCCGUCGUCUGACGCCUUUCAUCGACUCCGCCCCGACGUCGCUCGCUUCGUACAUUCUAUGGAACGGCCCGCAGAAGCACUUCGAGAAGGCCAAAGAGGCGUUUGAGCUGGAGAAGCGGCUGUACGAAGCUCGGCUCGAGGAGAGCAACGAGCGACUCAGGGCGAUGGAAGCGCACGCGGAGGAGCUGCGAGGGACGUGCGUCGCAGCGGGGAAGAGAGAGAAGGAGGCGCUCGCGCAGCUCGUGGAGUACGGCGAACGUUUCGCGACGUUUCAGGACACGAUCAAGCAGUCGAGCGAGACGUUCGAAUCGUUUCGCGUGGACAUAAAAGAUCUGCGAAAGCGCCUCGAGAAGAGCGAAAAGGAGAAGCGAGAGAUGGAGGUGAAGACCGCGAAGAGCGACGUCGUUCUGAUCGAGACGACGCAGGAGCGCGAGGAGUGGCGUCGACACGCGGAGGCGUAUAAGCUGAAGGCUGGGAAGUUGGAGGCGUUGUGUCGGACGCUCAGCAAACGCGCGGGCGCGGAGGAGGAGGGGGGGGGGCUCGCCGCGGACGGCAAGGAGAACGACGCCGUGAACGCGUGA